AUGCAGGAGGCUUACUUGAUGCCCGCCAGUCCGGCGGGGGGUCGCCGGACCAGCGCGGAUUACCGUCCUAGCAUCAAGAAAGCUCAAGGUCAUGUCCCCGCCUGCUUGGUCAAUGCCUCGGUGACGUACUGCAACAAUGAUCGCAUUUAUGCCUUUGGAGGAUUUGACCAGUACACCGACGAAGUCUACAACCACGUGCUCAGGUUAGACCUCGAGACUCUGCAAUGGGAACUCGUGGAUAACUACGGCGAUAUCCCCGGAGUGCGCAUGGGACAUACCGCGACACUCUACCAAGGUGAUAAAUUGAUUGUCUUUGGUGGAGAAAACGAACAUCGCGACUACCUAUCCGACGUCGUCAUCCUCGAUCUCAAUACCUUUACCUGGACGCUCCCUGAGAUCCGUGGAUCGAUCCCGCGUGGCAGGGCACGUCAUGCCGCGGUCAUCCAUGAGGACAAACUGUUCAUCGUAGGGGGAGUGACGGGCGAGAAGAACGACAUCUUGGACGAUUUGACAUAUCUGGAUCUACAAACCUGGACCUGGUCCAGGACAUGGAGUUUCACCGCACGUUUUGAUCACACGGCCUGGGUCUGGGGCACCCGCCUCUGGAUAUUCGGUGGACUAGGCCCUAACAUGGAACGAACGACUGACAUUUGGUGGCUGGAUCUGAAAGGGUCCCCAUCGUUGGCUGGAAACAUCACUCCCCAAGGUAGUGUCGACUCCCUGGAUGUCAAUAUAUCCUCCACUCAUUUCCCAGACUCCGUAUCUAGUAGCCCCCAUCCAAUGUCUCCCCGAUCCGGAGUCUAUGCUGCGAACUCAGGAAGUGUGCAGGUGCGCAAUCUAGGUCGACGCAAGCAACUUGCCCCUGGUGCCAUCUCAUGUCUUCGCUUCAGCUCCGGUCCCCACGUCCCCUCCCUUUUCUCCGGCACACAUUUUCAUUCUUUCGCAUCCGGUGUUUUACUGGAUCUUAUCACCCCAUCUGAGACUGUAAGGUCUCAUGACUGUAAUCUAUCGGCCUUGGACCUCAAUUCGCUGCGGUGGCAGCGGAUGGCUGAUGGCCAGGAAAUCUUCCGGCCCGGCUACCGGUGGCAUUACUGCACAGUCAACGAUACAGGGACCAAAGCAUGGCUCUUGGGAUGUAGCCUCGAUGUCACCAAUAUACCUGGUGGCAGUGACGACAAUCACAUGAGCGAAGUUCUCACCGUUGAUUUAGAAAAAUAUGGCCUGCUAGGGAACGGUUUGUCGGCUGAAUCUCCCGAGCUGGAUUCCUCAUGGCCAUAUGAUCAAACAGGCCCCUCUGCGGUAACAGGGCUGGGGGCUGAUCUAGCGGCUGUUUUCGAUCAACCUGGGUCGAUCAGCGGCGCCGAUUUCACCAUAACAGCAGUCCGUGAUGAUCACGAAGGCUCGGUCCUGGGGGAUGCGGAUGACCUGCCGGACGUCUCCCCAUCUGAGACUAAGCCAACCUUUGUGGAACCAAGCCCCUGGACCUCGGAGCCCAUCCAUGUCCACCGAAUCCUCUUGCAGCUGCGGUGGCCACAUUUCAAGCGCUUGUACUCGGCCCAGAUGGCUGAGUACCACACCAAACGGAUGCACAUCCCCGAACCUUACUCUGUCGUACGCGCGUUUCUUUACUAUCUCUACACAGAUAGCAUAUCCGGCCCCCCAGACUGCUCCUCCAAUGCCGUCGAUGUCGCAGGUAUGCUCGUCAUGGCUAAUCUCUAUGACAUGCCCAAACUGCGAUUACUUUGUGUCAAUCGGCUGAGCCGGGAGCUCGACGUAGACAAUGCGGCCAUAGUAUGGGAGCGUGCCGGUCGAACCAAUGAGCACUGGCUCAUGCGACGAGCCGCACAGUUCUGUCUGACCUAUUGGGGUCGCGUGGUUCGUACCGAGGGCUUCAAGUCCCUGAGCCACCAAAGUUUGAUCCAGCUCUGUGAAGUAGUGGAUACGGAGGGUCGCAUCAUCGCAGGGCCUGAGUUAGAGAUGGUCACGUUAGGGGCUGAUGGUCUCGGGGACCGAGACAAGGGAUCUCGACUCCGGCUAGGCUCGACUGCGGACGAGCUGUCUGAAUUGGAGGCAGACGACGAGGGUAUGGAACUUUCAUGA